GCAAAAAAAAGCCUCUUUAUUUUUAUUUUUAUUCGAGUGAAUUUGUAGUCCAUAUACAAAUGCAAGGCGAUGCUACUUCAACUUUAGAUUCAAAAGGAAUCAGGCCCAAGCGAAUCGUUUUUUGUAUUGAUAGUUCUUCUGAGAUGCUGACUUUGCUUCGAGCUUCUUUAAAUGCAGGCAAAAAAGACACCAAUUUGUAUUAUAGUACGCGUCUAGAAACAUUACAGCGAUUUUUAAAAAGAUUUUUAAAGACAAAUACCUUGAUUGAAAACACAAAAGAUGAAUACGCAUUGAUGCUACUUACAACGAAAGCAAAAUGGCUAGUGAACUUCACAAAUGAUAUCAACACAAUCUAUCGAGCCAUUGAUUCCUUAGAUCAAUCCGUAACAGAGCACUAUGAUAGAUUAGAUACACAGUCUAUAUUUGACACCUUGUCUAUGCAUAUUGAUAUUGAUGAUGAUAUUUAUUUUACACAGGUUAUUCUUGUCUAUAACAGAGAUUCUAUUGUGCCUGAACCAGCUCAUGACUACCAGCAUAUUCGCGAUUCGCCUAAUUUUGUAUUGGAUGUCUUGUUUUUGCAUGAUAGAAAACUAUCUGAAUCAAUGCAAUCUGUUUAUGAUUUUUGGAGUAGUUUGGAUAGCGAUAUUGUACCAGGUUGGUACUAUGAAGCAGGUUUGUGGCAAGGUAAAGACGAUCUGGCAAAGGCAUUGAGUCAACUCUUGAGCCACCCACACCAAAGAAGAGAACAAGAAGAUAUUGACAAGGAAAUUGUUUAUUAUUGA